CCGGGGUAGGCAAUUAGGAAAGUCAAGAGGUUCGCGGCGUCUGCGUGAACUUCAACCUCACUCUGAAUGAUAUCCUCGCUGUCGGAACAGUGAGAAAGGGAAAGGAUUAUCGUGGAGCAGAAAUCGGCCGCUUUGAUCUCACGAAGUGCAUAUAGGCCUCUCUACUCUUGGGAAUUAACGUGGAAAGCCAGUAAGUACCGGUUCUUUGUGCCAAUGUGAAACCUUACCUCUUUUAUUUACGAAACGGCUGCAUCGUAGAUUAGCACACUCGAUUCAACGUUCUUCAGAGGUUCGAACUAAUACUUUCUACCUAUCUUGCCUGUGUUCCGACUACAGCCUGCCUGAGCCACUCGUCAAAGUAGUUUGAGCCACUCAGUGUCACGCUCUUCCGCAAACUCUUACAUUGUCCUGGCCAAAGUCACGCGUGUGGCAGUCACGUAUAAAUCCGCAGGACCCUCCGCCAACAUGGGGCUCUUCAACUCUUUGUUGUUCCACAACUACCUACCUGGCGACUGCCACCACUCCGACACUUGUCACAGCCACUUCUACUCUCUUGCACUUGAUACAGACUUCGACGCCGACUUCGAUAUCAUUAUGGACGACGCGACUCUCCCCCAAGACGUCGAAAUGCACGACGAGGCACGCGACACCGUUGCACCACUCGAUGAAACCAAAAACAGGAUACGGAACCAAAGGCGGUUGCCUGGCCGUGAGGUUGCCUCCGUCCAGGUACCACAGACCACUGCCGAGGCAGUUGUACCAGGCUUCCGAAACGCGAUAUCUCUGCCGUUGCAAAGUCAGAUGACUCCACUCAAACCCUCACUCAGUGCCAUCGAAAUGGACGACGGUGUCUGUGACCCGGAGUUGAAGGCAUUCAUACAGACAGAAUUCAAGAAGAAUGUCAUCCGUGACUAUCCCAUUAUCGACUUCAUUGAUCGCGCGUGGCACACUACUCCAUCUCAGAUACCUCCCGGCGAUUACGCGCUCGCGCAGGAGCAAUGUAAGGACUAUCUCGGAGCCGCAAGGUAUUCGAAGAUGUCCAAGUUGAGGAAGCUAGGGGAAGACGGUCCACCGCUCAUCGGGCUCGCUGAGAGGGCAGAGACUCGGGCAUGUGUAGCAUUUCAGGCGCUCUUUGAGAAGUUGGCUGCAUUGGUCUUGGAUCGAUGGAAGGAAGAGGACGCUGAGGCUGCUGCUGAAAUGGAGAGGACGCGAUUCCAGGGGACUCUUCGGUUUUUGAACGAGAAGAUCGUCAAGGGAAACUACGCGAACAUCAAGCCCGAUUUUGGGUAUGUAACGGAGAACGGCGAGAAUGUGGAUGCGAUUUCCUGGGAUGCCUUCGGAUUAUUCGGGGAGUUGAAGAAGGCGGAUGGGGUAUCAGGUCCAAUAGGAGCUCGCAACGUGGAUAAAUCUCUUUUAGAUCCGGAGAGAGAGGAAUUAUAUAAACCUCCUCCUGUUCGCAAGAGCCGCAAACGCUCGAAGCCAGACUCCCCAGUUGAAGAAGGACCGUCGUCAAAGCAGCGUCGAGAUAGCCAGUCAGACUCUGUGCUAACCAGGAAACCUAAACCGGAUGAAGGUGUCCCUAAGACGCCCUCGGCGGCAAAAUUGACUCCGCAGGAGACUGCGUUGCUGAAGUUCAACGAGGAUGAAGAGGAAAACUAUUCAGAAUUCACGAAUAAUGAGGUACAAGCAGCGAAGUACUUGAACGAGCUGCUCUCACACGGAGCUCGCAACUACGCUACCGGAUUCCUAGUUGAAAACAAGAAGAUCAGUCUCUGGUACGGCGAUCGCUUCGGGAUUAUCAAGUCCCGGCUUUUCAACUUUAUUGAAGAGCCUCAUUACUUCCUUCUCAUGGUCACUGCCAUAUUUCGCGCUUCUGAUGCAGACCUUGGAUUUUGUCCCCUGAUCCGCAACGUCCCUACCAAUCACCUGUCAUACGAUGGCGCCACUCUCAAGGUUCCAGCUGCUGUUGACAUCAGCAACAAGGCUAUUCCCGGCGACGUGGAAUUCGAGGUUAGUCUUACGGAGCCGGAGUCUAUUUUCACAGCGUAUGGUACGGUUGGACGUGGAACGACCGUUGUUCCGAUCACGGCAGUUGGGCCAAAGAACUGUAGGCGAUUUGGCAAAGAACGACUUGUUGCGAAGAUGUCCUGGCAGCCGGUGAAGCGAUACGAGGAGGGCCACAUCCGGACGAUUCGCCAGACGCUGAAGAAGAGUAAAAACAAAAGUGCGCGUGCUGCUCUGGCAUACAUCGUGGACCUCAAAUGCUCGUCGACUCUGGCCAUCAAUGAUCCCAACGUUAAUCUCCCGCGAGCCUUCAUGACGCAACUGCCUGAGAUUCCGGAAGAUGAGAGGCGGAACUUUUGCAUGCUCGUCAUGAAGGAAUAUCUUCCACUUCAAUUAAUUGAUACGGCAGACGAAUUGAAGAGGGUGUUCCGCGACGUUGUGACAGGACAUCACUGGGCUUGGACUGUUGCCGAAGUUCUUCACCGAGAUCUCAGCAUUUCGAAUGUCAUGUUUCACCGAAGAAGAGGUCGUGUAAUUGGCGUUUUGUGUGACUGGGACCUCGCCGAGACGAAGAAGUAUCUUAGUCAGGAUCCUGAGCUGGCAAUCGACAAAGGGAAUUAUGAGGCCUACGCAAGAUUGUACACCACCGCAAACGACAGCAAGACUUGCGAGAACACCAAUGGCACAUCGACCAAGACCACGAACCGUCCCGCCAAGCAGUUGGAUAACGAGCCAACAGUUGAUGAAGAUCAAGAUGAUGAUAGCGUCCGCCGCCGCAAAGCCAAAUAUCGAACCGGCACAGGACCAUUCAUGGCUUUGGACUUACUUGCUGCAGGGCCUGCUCCGACGCAUCUUUAUCGUCAUGACCUGGAGUCCUUCUUUUGGGUCCUCGUCUGGUUUAUUGCCACGCACAAUCCAGUCAUUCAUGCCCUUGGCCGUAUAAAUCAAUGGCAAGGCUCAGACCUCCAGGCCGUGUUUGCUGCCAAGGCUACUUUUUUGGCCAAUGAUCAGGCGGCCGAGAAACUGUUGAAAAGGCGACAUUCACAGUAUGGCAAGAUAUUGGUGAAUACUGUCGAACCGUUGGUGAACUUGUUCCAUGUACUACAAAUCAAGGAAGGCAAAUUGACAGUACUCCGGCGAGCCUAUAUUAAAGCUUAUCUGGCAGGAGACCAGCCUCAGCUGAGAAAUGUUGGUGAGAAGCUUGUUUGUAAAGUGAGAGCAAGAAAUGAUUUCAUCACAUAUGAAACUUUCAUGUCUUACUUGUAAUUCAUUGUAGUAGUAUUGUUAUUUUAGUCAUUUCAGUUUCUAAUAGAGUGAUAUGUAAUGAAGUCUGUAACUCAGCAGUAGUACUGUUGCAAAAUAUUUAAUGGACACUGAAAAAGUGUAGUACUCAUCUGGCCUUGCUGUAUAUGAUGACUAACUCCUAAGAUUAAAAUUCACAAUAUUCUAAGUUC